AGUAAAUAGGGGCCCUAUUUUCCGGAAUUGAGCCCUAACAAUAAUAAAUAAAUAAAACCCCCAAAUGCUUCGUCGCUGCCAAUGAUUCAAAUGAAGAGCAAUGAAGAAGCCCAAGCACAAGCAGCGAAGAAAACGAGAGAGUUGCCCAAUCUCUCGGAAUGCCAUUCGUGCCACCUGAGAGUCGACAUUGCCAAUGUCAAUGCCAAGAGCAAGCUUCACGUCCUCUACAGCGAGUGGCGCAUCGUCCUUCUCUGCAAGAAAUGCUUCUCUCGCGUCGAGUCCUCGGAGCUCUGCUCCUAUUGCUACUCCACUUCGUCGUCCCAAGAAUCUUUCUCUUGCCGCCAGUGUCACCGGAGAGUCCACAGGCAUUGCGAUUCCGAGUACCGAAGCGUUGCGCGCUUGUCCGAUUCUUGUUCGGCCAUGGAGUUUUCCGUCUGCGCCGAUUGCUGGAUUCCGGAGUCGCUGGUCAAGUGGAAAAGGGUUGUGAGCAGUAGCAAGUCUCGAAGGACUGGAAAGAGAAGAGUUGGUUUAGGAUUGGGGAAAUCUAGGGUUUUGGCCAUGGUAGAUGACAGGGAAAUUGAUGAUGCCUUUGGUAGCGAAGAGGGCUCAAACAGGAGGGAUGAGGAUGCUGCUGUUGAUGUUGAUGAUGGGCAGUUGGAUGCCAUGGACGGCUCUGCUGAGAAGUUGUGUUUGCCGAAUUUGAGUGUGUGCUUUUGUGAUUCAUCAACGGACAUUGGGUGUUUGAAGCUGGAACCAAGAGCGCUUGAUAUUGAAGAAGAGAGUGGGGAUGAUGAUGAUGAUGAUCCGUUGAAGGAAGGAGAUUGGAGCUGCUCCAAUGGUGAUGACUUGGAGUCUCCAGCUUUCUGUAAACAAGAGCAAGAGGAAAGUGUCUGUAUUACCACGCCAAAGAAGCAAAGGUGCAAUGCAAAGCUUGAUCCUUUUUAUUUCAAGUAUAGGAAAAGGAGCACUCUUGAUCGCUAUGUAUUAACAUACAAGAGGAGAAGGCCCAAAAACCUCAACGCUUCUUCUAUGGUAACAUAUAAGAGAAGGAAACCUAAAUGCCUCUAUGCUUGUUAUACGUUUACAUAUAAGAGGAGGAGACCCAGAAUUCUGUAUGCUCGUUCAACUGGUCCAUCAUGAGACCUGUACUUAAUCUUGAUAACUACAGAAAGGGAGUACUGAAACCCGGGAUUGUUAAUGCAAAUUAGGGAAAACCGAUUUGAUUGUAGCUUGGAAACGAAUCAUCUAAGGAGAAAAGGAGUACCUGAGGUAAGUUCCUGUACUCGGUUUUCUUUUUGCUUUGUAUCCUCGGCAUAAUUAGUUUUUGUUAUUUAGGCUUUGAUUUUUAAUUUUAAUUUAUUUUUAUAUUGAGUUUUAGGUUAUAAUCUCUGCCUGUGAUUUAUGCUGGUUUUCAGUUUUCUAGUUUCUACUUAGAUAAACCAUUUGCAGAGAAGGCUGCACUAGCUGAUGAUUUUGUUUAAUUUUCAGUUUGGCUGCUGCAUUUUUUAUUAAUGAAGAAAAUGAAAUAGUGAAUAGGUAAAUGAAAUAAUGAAACAAAUGUUAUGAACGCUUAUUUUGUUAUGUUUUGAAGGCUUAUGCAUGUGUUUUGAAGGCUCUAUGUUCAUCAUUUUUUGGCAUUGACUUCUACAGUAUACAGAGAUCUUUCUUUUAGGCUUAUUUGGUUAGAUUGGAUUGCAGCCAUUCGUUAGACCUCUA